UUGGCUUGAGCCUCCUUAACCUUUACAUUAAUUGUGUGACACUAUACUUUUAAGUCUGGACAGUUUAAAUAUAUCAUGCAUCUAAUACUUUGUUUCUUUGUUCAGGAGUUUUCUGUUUGGUGUACAUGUUUAUAAAUAAGUACAUUAUCUAUGUGACUCAGAUUUCAGGCCUAUAAUUUUUUUUUUGUGUUUUAUUUUCAAAUUUGAAGACAAGCCUUAUUAUUGUUACUAUAUUCAUCAGCAAUGUGGUUUAAGUGUAAAUGAAAAAUUUAAAUUUAUAGCAAUAAUUUCCUUCUUCUUUUCUGAACUGCUUAUAAACUCAAUGUGCUCUAUUUUAAAAAUCGUAUCAUUCAGACUGAAGGCGUUAUAAGAAAGGUAGAAUGUCAGAUGUCAGUGUUCAAACAUCGACCUGGCUUCUGAAUGACACUGAGAACGGCCUUGACACUAAAGACUUGAAGAAAGACACCAAGAAGGAUUCCAAGAAAUGGGCACAACUGCAUCCAGUCCACAAGGGAUUCAGCGUCUGCCUUGUAUUGAUGAAAAUAGCACUGCUGCUUUGUAUACUGUAUUUUUUCGUCUGUGCCCUGGGAUUGUUGGAGGACUCUUUUCAAUUACUUGGAGGGAGAGCAGCAGGCGAAGCGUUCCGCAACAGUGACGUGCUGGUCAACCCCAUAGCUGGUCUGAUGAUCGGCGUACUGGCGACAGUGUUAGUCCAGAGUUCCUCCACAGCGACGUCAAUAGUGGUGGCCAUGGUAGCAUCAGAAGUGAUCCCAAUACGUUCAGCCAUACCUGUCAUCAUGGGCACUAAUGUCGGGACAUCGGUCACAAGUACUCUUGUAUCGCUGGCGCAAGUAGGGGACAGAACUGAGUUCAGGCGUGCAUUUGCUGGAGCUACGGUACAUGACAUGUUUAACUGGAGUGCGGUGUUGGUACUUCUGCCGCUGGAGAUUGCCUUCAGCUAUCUCUACUAUUUGACUAAAGCUAUUGUCACCACCAUGAACCUGCACUCGAAGAAUGUGAAGUUUGAGUUUCUCUCGGCGCUGACUCGUCCAUUCACCAGACUCAUUGUCGAGAUCAACGAGGAGGUGAUCACAGACAUUGCCAUGGCGCCCAACAUCACCGAGGAGUCCCUGGUCAUGAAACGAUGGUGCCAGGUGACGGUGGUGCAGAGGACAGUGUCCGUCAUGAGAUACGCCCCUGUGCUGGUCAAUUGCAGAGACGUUCACCGGGACUCCCCCUUCUACAGCAGCUGCACGGGCAUUGGAUCUGCAGACGACUCAGGUAUUUCUAAUAUCGUUGGGCUGUACAGAGGUUGGAAUGACACGGAAGUGAUCAACACAACAGUUCAGAGGUCAAGAUGUACCAGUCUUUUUGCGUUGACAGACAUGGGAGACAAGGCGGCUGGGGUUCUAACGCUGAUUCUCUCAAUCAUUGUCAUUCUUUCUUCUCUGUUUGGUAUAGUCAAGAUACUGAAUUCUAUGCUAAAGGGUUCCGUUGCUAAGGUGAUCAACAAGACAAUGAACACAGACUUUCCAGGAAAGUUUGCUUACCUGACAGGAUACCUGGCUUUCUUUGUCGGCAUGGGGAUGACCAUUGUCAUACAAAGUAGCUCGGUUUUUACAUCAACGCUGACUCCUCUGGUUGGUGUUGGGAUUGUUUCUCUUGAUAGAAUGUAUCCCAUGACCCUCGGGUCUAACGUCGGAACAACUGUUACAGGCAUAAUGGCAGCGAUGUCCAUCAGAGGCCCCUACAUCGGUCAAGCACUUCAGAUCGCCCUCUGUCACCUCUUCUUCAACGUCACCGCUGUCCUUCUCUUCUACCCGAUCCCAUUCAUGAGGUUCCCGAUCCCCAUGGCCAAAACGCUAGGACGAGUCACCUCAAAGUACCGUUGGUUCGCUGGGGUCUACCUCAUCGGCAUGUUUCUGGUGCUUCCCAGCGCCAUCUUCGCUCUGUCUUUCGUGGGCUGGGUUUACCUGGUAGCCGUGGGAGGGCCCAUCUUCUUCAUCUUCAUCGUGGCUACAGUUGUCAACGUCCUGCAAGUCAAGAGGCCGAACUGGCUGCCCAGGGGGUUGCGGUCCUGGGAGUUUCUACCAAAGUUCCUGCACUCUUGUGCUCCGUAUGAUGUUCUCAUUUCAUGCCGGAUUAUUACUGACAGGUGUCCGAAAUUUGAGGAUAAGAUGGAGUUAAGCAAAACCCUUACAUAGCUGCUGUAUGAGGAUGUAGUUGUUUUGUAUAGAUAAGUAAAUAAAUUUGUCAAAGAACAA